GUUAAUGAAAUAGCUUUACCUCCAUUGGCCCUAUCUGGUCACAUGGUUCUCUAACUUUAUUCAGUUGACAGCAAAUAGGAGGGCUUUAUGGUGGUGGAAAAAAGACAACUCGAGAAAAAUUUGUAUUUUCUACCUUCAUAAAUUAAUGGCCAUGAGUUCGUAUAUGCUGAACUCUAAGUAUGUGGACCCACAAUUUCCCCCUUGUGAGGAAUAUUCGCAAAAUAGCUAUAUACAUGAGCAGGGGAGAGACUACUACGGUCCAUCGCAGGACCCAGAUUUGCAGCAUCCAGGAAUCUAUCCACGGUCAAACUACCCCGAGCAGCCCUUCAGUUGUACCACUGUGCAGGGUUCUACAGUGCAGCCACGGGGUCAUGUGCAGGGGCGCGACAGCAACCCUAGCACUUUUACGGCACAGACCGAACCGUGUGCCCCGGUCCAAGUGACUGGACCCCGGACUUGUGGACAGCAACAAAACACAAAGAAUCAAAACGGGAUACAAGCCAAGCAGCCUGCAGUAGUUUACCCCUGGAUGAAGAAACACCACGUUACUACGGUAAACCCGGAUUACACAGGACCUGAACCCAAACGGUCUCGGACAGCUUAUACAAGACAGCAGGUUUUGGAACUGGAAAAGGAAUUUCAUUUUAACAGGUAUCUGACCAGGCGGCGUCGCAUAGAGAUUGCCCAUACACUCGUUCUCUCCGAGCGUCAGAUCAAAAUCUGGUUUCAAAACAGAAGAAUGAAAUGGAAAAAAGACCACAAACUACCGAACACAAAGGGAAGAGCUGCAUCUGCUUCCGGACAACAUUUACCAAGUAUCCAGAAGGAUAACCAGACUGAUGUCACAACUUUCUAAGAUGGGUAACUUUGACCGUUCAAUGAACUGUAUAUAACAUACUAUAUUAUCCAUUUGACUUUGCAUGGUCUCAAAACAUGACGUUUUGGUCAGUGUGAUUUAACGUACAAUAGUUCUAAAUGGCAGUUCCAGUCAGAAGGACCCUCGAUGUGUUGGCUCAGUGAA